GAUUGGCUAAGAAAACUAAACAUCGACGUGAUACAAAUGUUACCACUUCCGGACUCUCACAUCCUCCAAACAGUACUGUACAGGGUCUGAAGGCCAUGGCGAGACAAUGAGUGGCACAGUGCUCAAGAUCAAUGUGGCCUCUCACCCAGACACCCCCUACUUCCUACGGACGGAAUGGGCUGGAGACGUGGGUGCUGGGUUCACUCUGGCUCUCACCGAUGGCAGUGCUGCCUGGAUAGGAGAAGUUUCCGAGGACGAGGUGACAAGGGAGGCGAGUGACAUGGGUGUUGACAGGCAACAAUAUGUGGACGAUCUUCAUCAAGCCCUGGUGGAAGGUGAAGAGAGAGGAAGAGAGGGAGGAAGUGGAGGAGGUCACAAAGCCGAAAAGGACAAUUACUCUUUUCACCUUACACCAGAUCAUUGCCAUCUGUCAUAUGAGAAGACCUGCAAAGGAAUUUUGAUACCAUUAGGCUCUGUGGAGCUGCAGCCUGCCCCUGAUCCUCUGGAACUGAACCAGGAGCUGAUUGGCCAGACCCUGCAGCAAGGCACUGAGCUGGGCUUGUUAAACACCAAACUGCGGGAGGAGAACCGGCAACUCAAACGGGAACACAAGCGCAUCCUCAGAGAACUGGGGCAGCACGUCAAACACAAGGAGGCGACGGAGCAGAAACUCUACUCUCGCUUCGUCACGGUGCUGAACGAGAAGAAGGCCAAGAUCCGAGGCCUGCGUCACUCCGUCCGUCAGCUCCAGCGCACCGCACACAGCGACGAUGAGGAGGAGGACAAGGAGGAGCAAAGCAACAGAGAAGAUGAAGACGUUACUAGAGAAGAGGAGACGAGGAUAACGCCAUCUCAGCAGCCAACCAUACUCAUUACAGGACGUGAUCUGGUGGCUGGUGGUAUACCCAUGGAUCAGAGCGUCCCCAGAGACCAAGCCUCUGCCCCCAGGAGGAAGCGCCGGUCUCUCCGUGUCCAGACUCGGGAUUCUUCCUCUGACCCGGAGUGAAACCAACGGUGGUCACUUCAAGUACACACGAUCACAACAUCAACAGGAAACACAGCGCAGGAUAUGGGGCAUCAGACUUGUUCUUUAGAUUUAGUGUUGUUUUUGAUAUAAUGUGAUUAUUCUCACAAAUUAUUCAAUAUUAAAUUUGAUGAUGCAUAAAAGUGAAUGUAAUGGGGAACAUGUUUUCAAAUGUUGACAGUGAACGGAAUACGCUUUCUACCCCAUGUGUUUUCAAUUUCAAUGUAUUGCAAUAAAAUCGUAUUUUAUGAAGUGA